GUCAGCUGACAUGACCAAAACAAAUAUGGUGACCGCACUAACGAUGGUGAAUAUAUCGCACAUACCGCCGUGUUUUUCUUCGUCUCACUUGGUUUCACCUGCUCGUUUUACGGAUUACACAUUUUGUAAAGUGACCGUUUCACUAAUCAAAUGUGUCUGGACCGUGUCCUGAACAGAAAGCCAAAACGAAACCCGGAAAAUCAACGGAAGUGCCUGCCUCGCGUUUGAACCUAAACAUCCGCCAGCGUAACGCAUGUGUUUACUAUGUUAGCUCGUCGUUUCAGCCGAACAAACGUGAGGAAAAUAUGAGAAGCAAUGUUAACGGAACGAGGAAUGCUGUGACUUCCUGCUUCGCGUGACACAGGACAGCUAACACUCUGUAAAAUGUAGCUAACGUCUCGAUAUCCAACCGCGAUCAGAUCGACAGGAAAUGGACUUGGAGACAACCUGAGAGGUGAACAUAGACACGGUAACGAUAUAAUACCAUGGGUUUGGUGAACUUUGUAAUAUCCACUGUAGGAAAAUGCCUGGACGCCGUCUGCUUACUGCUGGACCUGAAUUUUAUCAUCGUCCACACCGUGGUGCGGACUGUUCUGGCGGUUAUCACCUUUAUAACCAGCCUGCCGACCCUCCUCCUCAACUCAGUGGUGCAGCUGGGAAACAUGAUGGUGUGUGGCUUGAUUUCCAUGGCAGAAGCAACAUCAAACGUCGCCCACGGGACUGUCACCAUGCUGGGGAGCUUGGUGCUGGCUUUGGAGGGGCUGCUGGAGAGCCUGAAGAUGGUGGGUUAUCUGUCCAUGCACGUCCUGCUUCGUGGGAAGGAGCACCUGUGUCGAGGCCUGCUGUCCCUGCUGGAGGGCUGUGGCAUCGCCGUCAGCCUUGUGGUCUAUUUCGCCAACACUGUGGUCAACUUUGCACUCAUCGCCACUCAGAAUGUUUACCUGGCGGUGGUCAGUGUGUGGCAGACGGUCUCCAGCCCACUGCAGAAGGUGCUGGAGCUCACGCUGACGUCCUUCACCUUUCUGUACAGCAGCCUGGUGGGGACUUCGGCUUUCCUGUGGUCACCCUGUAAACUGGUGUUGGACUUUCUGGUCUCGCUGGUUCAUAUGUUCAUCAGCAUCUUCAUACUGAACAUCUACGGCCUCCUGCUCACUGCCGCUAUUGCUCUAACGACCACCGCCUACCUGAACCCAGAGCUGACCCGACAGGCCGCCGUGCGAAUUGUGGAUUACCUGAGCUCCUUUCCUUCCCUUCGCAGACUUCAUCUGGCUCUCCACCGCCUUGCUUCAGCCUUGCGGAGCGCCCCGCGUUUUGUACGUGGUGCCAUGCAGCGCCUACCCAGGAUACUCCAUCACUUCUACCUGUUAGAGAGAGGACUUUGGCGGCAGCUGUCUCGACUCAGCAGCCAGUUAGGCCUGGCUCUGAGGACACAGCUCCACAGAGACAACAACAACAGAAUACGUGGCGACGGUGAUCCCGGAGAGGAGAGGCGGGACCCACCAGAUGGAAGAGCUGGAGAUGGAGCCCACCAGGAGCUGCUGGAUUUAGUUUUCCCCUCAUCAAGCACGGACAGACCGCUAAAGAAGCAGUCGUCUUCAGGUAAAGACGCUAAAGCUCUGCCUGCAGAGAAUCUGCUGACUCUACUGAAGGAGCAGGAGGACAGGAAGAAAUGUGUGAUCUGUCAAGACUGUACCAAGACGGUGGUGCUGCUGCCAUGCAGGCACCUCUGCUUGUGCACAGACUGUACGAACAUCCUGUUGAGGCAGCCUAUCUACCAACAGAACUGCCCGCUCUGUCGGCACAUGAUCCUCAACACCAUGGAUGUGUAUCUAUGAGGGACCAAUGGAAGUGGAUCUGACCACAUGGGACACUGUGUGUGCUUUAGGUUUUACCACCACUGACAUGAUGUUGUAUAAAGCUUUUACUAGGAUGUGCGAAAGGAUAAGUCUGGUAAUAUUCUACAUUUUUCCUGCUAUCAUCAAAAAAAAAUAAAAUCAACACAUCAUUCCAUCUCUUAAUACUUUCCCACUUCUCUACGCUGACAGUGGCACUCAGCCGCAAGCCCAUUCUGUUUUAGUGAUGUUGCAAGUCUUUAAAACAGGUGACAAAUAUGUAGUUUUAUUUUUAAAAAUAAACUACUGGGCUUUGUAAAUUUAAAUGUUACUCAAACGGGAGUAAACAGCAAGUAGGGUCUGUAUUUUUUUUGGGAUUUACUGACAGUGCAAAAAUAGAGGGUAUCACCAGACUUAUAGAAUUUGGUUUCAGAUCUGUGCACCUUUUUGAAAAGAUUUUAGAAAAGAAAUGCUUAGGAAAACACAUGCUGUGUCCCAGUUCCAUACUACAUAUCAACUGCAUACAGCACGCACUAUAAUCUUUAUAGUAUAGUGGUUUUACAGUUAGUGUUCAAGAAUUAAACAUAUUUAACUGUCUCAAACAAGGAGACAGCAAAGAGUAUUUCCAUAAAUGUAACUUUUCUGUUUUACCACCAUCCACAAUCAGUUCUUAUUCUUUCCAGCUGCGAGCAUUGCCUCCAUUUGCUUUGUGCAUUGCAUUAUGGGAUUGUGGGAAUCAGGAUGCGCGCUGACUGGUCCGAGUGUACCUUAUUUUGUGGCUCCUCAUACUCAAAUCCCGCUCAGAAUUAGUCUGUCGUAUGGAUUUGGGACACAGCUAGAUGCACCCGUUUAAAUAUUCCAGUAUUGCCAUGUUGAGUCUCAGGUCUCGUAGCCAUGGUAACCCAUCAGUGCCCUCCCCGAUGCUGAAAUGUUUACCACCACUCAUGUCUUAAAAUGUUUUGCAUUCAAAGUGGGCCAAGCUGUGAAGAAGUAAAACUUAGACUGUUAAUGCAUGAGUGUACAAAUGAUUCCACACAUGCUGUACGUGUGAAUGAUGUGUGUAUAACAGUGUAUUCCAUGCAACACGACCUUUUGUUCUGUUGUUAAAGCUUUUACCAUUUAAAUAUACCUCUGUAAAUGAUGACCACUUCACGCAGAGCCAUGUACAAAAAAAGGGGGGGAGGAAAAGUGAUUUAUAAUUUUCCAGUCAGGCCUGAUAAAAUAUGGCUUUAUUCCAUUUAUUUGUUCUAUUGAUAGGGCGUAUUCCAGUCUUCCAUCACAGGCAUAUUACAGUCACCACCAACACAUAAUCCAUAAAAGGUUUUCCCUUUCCUAUGUCAUUGUACUAAAACAGAUCUCUGUUGUAUAAAAGCACCGUAAACUAAUAACAUUUGACAAUUUCAUUUGCUUUUGUUUCUCAUUUGUUGCUGUCAAAGCUAAAGUGUUGAUAUUGAUCAGUCUUUAAAGUUUACAGGCCACUUUUGUGACACCACUUCCUUUUGUAUUAUUAUUGAUGGUGGUCAUCAUUUGUUUUUGUUUUUUCUUAAAGUCAUUUGUAUGAUUUGAAGAAAUUAGAUUCCUGCAUUGUUUAUGUGACUGGAGCUGUUAUACCAGUGAUUGGCAUUAUUAUGUUCCCUGCUACACUUCACAGAUAUCAUUAAUGAAAGUGGUCCAAAUGUCAGGUUUUGAUAAGUUUGUAAAGGAUUUUUGUGGAGACCAGACUGUAGUCAUUAUAGACGACUCCUCCAAGGUUGCAAUUGACUGAAAGCAGCCCACAUGACCAUCAUCUAUUGCUGCCUGCAGUUUGUAUGACACAGUGUAAGACAAUGUGAUUUGAAGAAGUGAAUGUAACUUUUUUAAAUGCUAUGGCUGCCACAUAACAGGCAAGUCUUCUGUUCGUAA